UUCAGAAGAGAACAGUAGGCUUCUGCAACCUGUUGCACAUCUCAAUCCCCCUGCGCCACAGACAGACAACCAAAACGCCUAGCUAACAUGGAAAACGACUACAGUCAAAACAUCUACCAGAACAUUGAAGGACACGGCGAGGUACUUUAUGAGUCUAUCGACGAUACAGCGAGGACCCAAAAUCAGAACCAAUACGAGAAUAACCCAAUGGCCGAAGACGACACUCCAGAUGAAAGGAAAGCUGCGAGUUGUUCUGAGCAAAUUUACGAUGAAGUUGCUGAGGACGUUCCGGAUUCGACUUCCUCUGCGACCCCCCCUGAAUACAUGGACACUCAGCAAACCCCAGUUGAGAACGGACUAGCUUCAUUCGAGCAAAGCGUGGACGGGGAAAAUAGCCCACUAGGUUCAUCUGUAGGCUCGCCUUCCUCUCAUCAAGGCGAUGAAGACGAUCAAGGUGGUGAAGACGAUCAAGGUGAGCAAGGUGAUGAAGACGGUCAAGGUGAUCAAGAUGAAUAUGACGGAAUAUCAAGCCCAACAGAGGUGGUAGAAGAUAAUGCCAUCGACGGGAUGCUUAUGGCUUACAGACUGCAGUCCAAUGACACCACUGCCACCGAGGAGAUCAGCGACCAGGAGACAACUGGUGACAACAACAACAAUAUCGAGGAGAACGACAACUCAGAGCAGGACCAGAUGGAAAUCUCACUGUUCGUCAAGGCUGGCAGUGAUGGAGAAAGCAUUGGGAACUGUCCGUUCUCUCAGCGUCUCUUCAUGAUCCUCUGGCUCAAAGGGGUUGUCUUCAACGUCACCACUGUCGACUUAAAAAGAAAACCCGCAGACCUGCAUAAUCUGGCCCCAGGGACUCAUCCACCUUUCCUGACCUUUAACGGCGAGGUCAAGACUGACAUCAACAAAAUCGAGGAGUUUCUGGAGGAAGUCCUUGCACCACCAAAGUACCCCAAGCUUGCUGCUAAACAGCGAGAAUCCAACACUGCAGGAAAUGACAUUUUUGCAAAGUUCUCAGCAUUUAUAAAGAACACAAAACCAGAGGCCAAUGAAGCUCUGGAGAAGGCCCUGUCCAAGGCGCUGAGGAAGCUGGAUACUUACCUGAACACUGCGCUCCCCGAGGAGAUCGACGCGGACAGUGCUGAAGAUGUGAACGUGUCAAAUCGCAAGUUCCUGGAUGGAGACGAGCUGACUCUCGCGGACUGCAAUCUCCUGCCAAAGCUUCAUAUAGUGAAGAUUGUAGCGAAAACGUAUCGCAACUAUGAAAUCCCGUCGGACAUGACAGGAGUGUGGCGGUACCUGCAGAAUGCUUACACCAAGGAUGAGUUCACCAACACGUGUGCUGCCGACAAGGAGAUUGAGAUGGCAUACAUGGAUGUGGCGAAGAGGCUCUCUCAAUAGAAAACUAGCACUAACAGCUCAAAUACUAUAUACUGUAGCCUAUUUUUUACAAAUUGGUUUCUGUUGACUUUUUUUCUGUUGGCAUUUAUCAGUAUCAACAUUUGCUUGGCUGGGACAAACCCUGUUUCAUUAGCUGUGUGACCCAACAAACAAACUAUCCCAAAGUGUUUUAUAGUGUUUCAUUCUUAUCGUUGAAAUGAAUAGUAACCUAGAUACAGCAGUGUUGCUGCUGUAGUUUGAAGCUUUCAUGUGGCUUUAUACAUUAUUUGAUUACUCCUACAUUUCAAUUCAAAAAGGGGUGCCACAUUCAAUAAAUUUAUUAUUAUUAUUAUUAUUAUUAUUAUUAUUAUUAUUAUUAUUAUUAUUAUUAUUAUUUAUAUGUGUUCCUAUCGAUUUAUAGCAUUCACCAUAAUCUGCCAACAAUAUUAACUGCAGUCUAGGAAAAUGACCCCACACUUGUUGUGGUCAUAUAACUCCUUGUCUCAAGUGCCUUUCACAGUAAGACUACACUUACCAGAAUGCAUUGGGGUGCGUUGAAAAGCCUGAAGUGUCCCAAACUGUCCUAGUGUACAUGGAAUCAUAUGGUAACCCUACCCAUGCUGAUUCCUCACUUGACACCCCUUUGCUGCCCUAUUUCUGCCUUCCCAAUGCCUGUACAAGCACUGCGAAUACAUGCUUUAUUCAUAUAAAUGAAGGGAUAUGGUCUUGAAAGCUUGUGUUGUGAACAAACAAGUGGGCCAACAAAAGGCAUCAACAUUUUUUUUAAUGUAUUUACAUGUCUGGGUCAGUAUGCUUAAGUGAGUAUAAUGCAACAACAAGAACAACAAAAACAUUAAAGCAUUCGAUAUAAAAACAAAUCUCCAUUAUCCAUUUUUUAAAAGUAAAUCCAAAAAUAUACCCUAAUAAAAUUUUUAGUUAGAGAGUUAGGACUAGCUGUACUAAAGUGUUAUGGCUGUCGCAAACGAGUCGCAAACGAGUCGGAAGUCUAAGGUGAAAUGUUCUAAACAUGUGCAAUGCUGUUAGCAACUUUUUAGGGAAUGCUUUGCAGCAGCAGUUUUUCUUUGCGGUUCAAACUUAGAUGAAUAUGUAAUUAUGGGCGUUCCUGCAUAAAUUCUCAAAAAAGGGGGUGCAAAUCAGGGUUCUCAAAUAUUAUAAUGACAUGUACUAAAGCUGCAGACAAUUGCGACACUUACAAUUGCAUCAAUUUGUUUUGAAAGCACAUUUUAGACAGUGGCAAUUGUUGCUGGCAUUUCCCAGUCCGCUUUUCUCGUGCGUUGCCAGUUGUGCUCAGUGCAUUUUUGAGUAUCUAAUUUUCACUAAAGUCAGGAUGUACUUACAAGCCUUGAAAACUGUGACAUUGUCUGUGACAUUUCUGGUUUUCCCAGCGUGUUGGGAGCAAUAAACUGCACACACGUGCCACUAACCCCUCCAGCUCAUUCUGAGCAUCUGUAUAGGACCAUGACCUAUUGUGUGUUAAUUGUCUAGGCUACUAAGUAGGCCAAGUUAAAAAUAAUAAUAAUUAAAAUAAAGUUUUAGUUUCAAUUUAAAAUAACAUUUUAUUCGCAUUGUACACCAAUGUGUACAAUGCAGCAGCAUGAUUUAUUUUGUGUUACCAGCAGGUUAAAGUAAAAAGAAAGUGUGCUAAGUAUUCAUUUGAUUUUACUUCUGUACUGUAUACUGUAUAGGCCUACUGUACUGAUAUAUAUUUUUACAUAAUGUAAUGUGUAGCCUACCCAAAACACAUUAGUGUUAUUUCAGCGCAAUGAUUUAUAUUUAAAAUACAUCGAGAACUAAAUGUAUGUGUGUGCGAUUUUAUUGUAUUGUUUUUAAACCCAACACCUCCUUAUGUUGGACAAACAUGUCCGGUUUAGCGAGGGGCUACUGUAUGAUUAUGAAAAGCUUUUUGGGGGUGAAGGUGGGGGCCCCACUAUAGAAUCUGAUGGGAUUGCCUUUCAUUUUUUAUAUAUAUAUAACAGUAUUAAAAUAGGUAAAAUGAAUACGGAACAGAAUGCAUUGUACAGAUGACGUUUACAUUAAAAAAAAUGUUAUUUUGAUUCUUGCUUUGAUUCAUGUUUAGAUGUUAUCCUUUGUGUACCCUCUGCUGCAGCAAACCACAACUCAACUCCCGCUAUUUAUUUGAACAAUAUCGCACGACUCUCGCAAUGUAUGCUAGAGAUAUCGCUAAAGCAACAAAUAUUUAAAUUAGUAUAUUGCGGCUCUUUUCAUUAACAUAUUUUCUCUUAGUACAUACGACAAAAUGUAUACUUUGCGAAUUGUCGCAAUGAAAAUGCAAUGCUAUGUUUGCGCUGCGACUGGCCCAUCUUAGUACAUUUACCCCUUAGUGGGUCUGGUCUGGAAAAAAGGCAUUUUCCAUGUGUCUAGUGGGGGGCUGUGACACACACAGCAUGUCAACACAUACAAGGUUCUGCAUAGUGCUUCUCCUUCUCUGCCGUUUCACUGGUCAGAUUGAUUAACUCAAGGUUCUGUAUAAUAUCUGUCUAUUCCUGUAUCUUUACUGAAUUGAAAUCUUGAAAAAUACUUCAGUCAUCCUAAACUACUUCAUAAAAGCAAACACCAAACACCAGUUACACUCUAGUUUUAUAUUUGUUUAGUUUUUACAAGGUUUGUCCCAGACCUGCUAUUUUGCUUGUAAAUACAGUUUUUGUUAUAUAUCUGGUAGCGCACUGACAGUCUUUGAGUGAUCAUACUAUAUGAAGAAGCUUGAAGAGCUGAAUGCCUUUGAUUAAGUAUCUUGCAUCUUUUUCACGCUGGACUUUUGCAAAUAUGUUUCUCUCAAAUGUGCUUUACCUUCAAUAAGCUGUUUAAAUGCCAAGUGAUAAACAUCUUUCUAAUUAUUUUCAACAGUUAAACUCUUUAUGAAGUGAGGAGAAGUCUCUUUGUCUGAAACUCUUGACACGGUUGUUCUUUGCCAAUUUCCUACAAGAACACAUCUGUGAACGGAGGGGGAGAAUUUAAAGCCACUUCAUAAGAACAACCAUUGCACGUUGGCACAUUCUGACAGGACAGUGCUGAUGGCUUUCUUUGCAAGUCGACACCCUGCUUCAGUUGUUGCACAUGAAUCAGACCCCUACAUCUAUUUAUCAUUUAAUUAUCUCUUUAUUUGAUGUUCUUAGUGAAGAGCUAUGAGCUACAAAGGCCUGUUCUCAGCACAUAGCAAUAUUGCUUGCACAAGUCAUUAUAGAAACAAUCUAACACAUUUGUAACCAUUUAUAUUAUGUAUCUUACAAUGGCUUUUCCUUAAAUGACAAUACAAAAUGGUUUCCUUGCAAUAAUAGCUGAGAAUGUGCUUGCUGAUUUAUCGCUAAUGUCUUAUUUAAGCCACUGUUCAUAUAUCAAUGCUUAAAUUACUGAAAAAAUAAAAUUAGAUUAUUGUAUUAAAUCAUAAGGAUGAUGAUAUUAAAGCCUGGCAUUCUAGAUGUACAUACAUGUACAGCUAUGGCCAAAAGUUUUGCAUGACCAAGAACUUUAGGAUUGAGACAUGUAACAGUAGUCUGUAUCUCCCCAUUGUUCUUUGGUUCAAAGGUUAUUUGGUCUGCCAGUCUGAAUUUUACUUUUCUCCUAAGGUUACCCGUUCCUAGGUGAAAUUAGAAUUCCCAGAACAGCACAAAAAAUGUUCUUUGAGCUCUUGGUUAAGAAUUACUCUAGAAAAAAUGUAGAUAAAAUUUGUCCCAGUAACAUAUUUCACACAUUCUGAGACUGCUGAUUAACUACUAAAAUAAUCAGGUUACAGCAAUCUGGCAAAUCAAUCUCUUGCUGUGUCUGCUCUGAACAGACUAUUACAGAAGUUAUCAGACCUGGAAUGAGUCUCACCUGAGUCUGUAGUUCUUCAUCAUUGUGUCCAGCCAUAUGGAGGGGUUUAAGCACAGGUCUAAUUGCUGGCACUGGAUCAUUUUAAUAAGCCUCAUCAAGUAUAAUUCCUUCCCUCUAAUUUGGCUGGGUCACAUAUAUUGGAGGGGGAUGACCACAGACAAUUUGUUUGCGUGCAUGUGAAGCUGUUAGAGCGACAUGGUAAAAGAAUCACAAACGUUUACAACAGUUUGUCAGUGAACGGCAACCAUUUCUGUACUGGUAGCUGCUGAAAUAAAAGUGUUUAUUUUCACAA